AGUUUAAACUUGCAAAAGUUUAAGGAUAUAUUUUGUAAUAUUUAAACAGUGAGAGUAGAACCCUUCCUAAACCCUAAAACUCCCAAUCAGCUUCUCUGUCUUCCUUUUUCCAGAGAGAGGAGGAUUUUUUCUUCUUCUGGGAUUUCUUCGGUCUUCUCUUCCACAGCCAGAAUUCUUGUCAAUGGGAGCUCUAUUCCAUCGAGUUUGAUUCCUUUCAGUUUCAGGGAGAGUCCUCCCUUUCUAAAUUCCUCGGGGGUUUGAUUACAAGAACAGAAAAACCGAAGCUUUUUGGCAAUGGUGAAGGCCUACCUAAGGUACGAGCCCGCGUCUUCGUUCGGCGUGAUCGCGUCUUUGGAUUCGAACAUCACGUACGAUUCUACGGGGAAACAUGUUCUGUCUCCGGCGCUGGAGAAGGUCGGAAUCUGGCAUGUCCGACAAGGUGUCUGCACCAAAACCCUAGCUCCGACCUCCUCACGCGGCGGACCCUCUCUCUCCGUCACCUCAAUCGCCUCCUCUGCGUCUAAUCUGGUGGCAGUUGGGUAUGCAGACGGAAGUAUAAGAAUAUGGGAUUGCGAGAAAGGAACCUGUGAGACUACCCUGAAUGGGCAUAAGGGAGCAGUGACUGCCCUCCGGUUCAACAACCUCGGGUCUAUGCUCGCAUCUGGAAGUAAAGACAAUGAUGUCAUCUUGUGGGAUGUUGUUGGAGAAACAGGCCUUUUUCGUCUCCGUGGCCACCGUGACCAGGUUACAGAUCUUGUUUUCUUGGAUUCUGAUACGAAACUUGUUAGUGCUUCCAAGGACAAGUUCUUGAGAGUCUGGGAUCUUGAGACACAGCACUGUAUGCAAAUAGUUAGUGGUCAUCAUAGCGAAAUCUGGUCCGUUGAUGUUGAUCCUGAGGAAAGAUACGUAGUUACUGGAUCUGCCGACCCAGAACUUAGGUUUUUUGCUGUUAAAAAAGACUCACCCCAUGGAUCAUUGGUGUCUCAUACAAGCGAAAAAGGAGUUGAGGCUGAUGGAGAUCGCUCUAUUGGGAAUAAAUGGGAAAUGUUGAAGUCAUUCGGGGAAAUUCAGAGACAGACAAAGGAUAGAGUUGCAACUGUAAGAUACAAUAAGUCGGGAAAUCUGUUGGCUUGUCAAAUGGCUGGAAAAACCAUUGAAAUAUUCCGAGUUUUGGAUGAAGCCGAGGCAAACAGGAAAGCAAAGCGCAGGCUUCGCAGGAAGGAGAAGAAAUCUUCCAAAAACGAGGAUGAAAAUUUGACCGAAAAUGAAGAAGCAAAUAAUGAAAUCGAAGAAGCUGGUUGCGCUCCCACUGCUACAGUCCCUGAUGUUUUUAAGCUUUUACAAGUCAUCAGGGCUAGUAGAAAAAUAUGUUCUUUUUCUUUUUGUCCAAUUAUUCCUAAAGAUUUCUUGGCGACAUUAGUGCUAUCUCUGAACAAUAACUCUCUGGAAUUCUACUCUCUUAAGGGUAGUGAGAAUGAGAAAACUGUCACUAUUGAACACCAAGGACAUCGUUCUGAUGUCAGGAGUGUUACUCUUAGUGAAGACAACACCCUUUUGAUGUCAACCAGUCACAGUGAAGUGAAGAUUUGGAAUCCAACAACAGGUUCUUGUCUUCGGACUAUUGAUUCAGGAUAUGGACUGUGCAGUUUGAUCGUUCCUAAUAAUAAGUAUGGUAUUGUUGGAACAAAGAAUGGGGUACUGGAAAUCAUUGAUAUUGGGAGUUCCACCAAAGUAGAGGAAGUGGAGGCUCAUGGUGGAACCAUUUGGUCAAUUGCCCCCAUUCCGAAUGAUAAUGGGUUUGUCACCGUCAGUGCAGAUCAUGAAGUAAAGUUUUGGGAAUACCUAGUCAAGAAGAAGCCCGACCAAAAAACCAAGAAACUUACUGUGUCGAAUGUAAGGUCAAUGAAGAUGAAUGAUGAUGUACUUGCUGUUGCCAUUAGUCCUGAUGCUAAAUAUAUUGCAGUGUCCCUGCUCGAUUCCACAGUAAAGGUUUUCUACAUGGAUUCUCUAAAAUUCUACCUUUCGUUAUAUGGUCACAAGCUGCCGGUGAUGUGCAUUGAUAUUUCAUUGGAUGGAGACUUGAUUGUAACCGGCUCGCAGGACAAAAAUUUGAAAAUUUGGGGUUUGGACUUUGGUGAUUGUCAUAAGUCCAUCUUUGCUCAUGGUGACAGUGUUAUGGGUGUGAAGUUUGUUAGAAAUACUCAUUACAUGCUCAGCAUCGGGAAAGAUCGAGUUCUGAAGUACUGGGAUGCCGAUAAGUUUGAGCUGUUAUUAACUCUUGAGGGUCAUCAUUCAGAGAUAUGGUGCCUUGCUGUCAGCAAUCGUGGUGAUUUUAUCGUGACAGGGUCUCAUGAUCGGUCCAUGCGUCGUUGGGAUCGCACUGAAGAACCUUUCUUCCUCGAGGAGGAAAAAGAAAAGAGGUUGGAAGAGAUGUUUGAGUCUGAGAUUGAGGAGAAGCAUGCACCCAAGGAGGAAGUCCCUGAGGAAGGUGUUGCAGCUUUAGCUGGGAAGAAGACAAUAGAGACAUUAACAGCUACUGAUUCGAUUAUAGAAGCCAUUGAUGUAGCAGAAGAAGAAAAGAAGAGCCUUUCUGCAUAUGAGGAGGAGAAAGCAAUGGCAAAGGUGGUUGAUUACCAACCAAAUAUUGUGAUGCUUGGACUUUCUCCAUCGGAAUAUGUUCUACGAGCCACUUCAAAUGUGAAAACAAAUGAUCUUGAGCAGACCUUAUUGGCUGUACCUUUCUCGGAUGCUACGAAGCUUCUUUCUUACUUGAAAGACUGGAGUUCAAGUCCCGACAAGGUCGAGCUGGUUUGCAGGGUUGCAACCAUUCUAUUACAGGCGCAUCAUAACCAGUUGGUUACUACUCCUGCUGCCAGACCUGUCUUAACAAUUCUCAGAGACAUUCUUCAUGCAAGAGUCAAGGAAUCCAAAGAUACAAUCGGUUUCAAUUUGGCUGCCAUGGAUCACCUGAAGCAAAUGAUGGCGUCGAGAUCUGAUGCUCCCUUCAGAGAUGCCAAGGCCAAGCUAAUGGAGAUUCGAGGGCAGCAAUCCAAACGCUUGGAAGCAAGGACAGAGACUAAGACAGAGAGACGGAGAAAGAAGAAGCAGAAGAAACUAGAAGACGGUCAUGGGCACGGGCAUGGCCAUGCAUGGGUUUGAAUUUGAUCUCCAAGGGACAAACCAAAACCCAUACAGUUUUGUCCCCUUAUGGUGAAGACAGAGGAUCAUCGACGAAAAGGAGAGGACUUUGGGGUUUUGUGGUGAAGACACAGCAGGAAUGC